AUGGCACAGUUCGCGUCCAAUAACGGUUUCCCACUUGGUGGGCUCGGCAAAUUUGUUUCGUCGUUUUGUUCUCUCAAACUAGCCGCCUCGUUUGUUUAUGAACGUUUGGCACGGGCACGAUCUCGUCAUCAGAGACACGAAUUGAUUCUUUUCCCGCCGGCCCGGUGCUCUACAUGGCGUAAGCAUCUAGAAUUUCUGAUUGCAAUUUGCGACAAACCUGCGUUGACAGCUGUCAGGGAGAGUUUUAUCCACUGUUACCUGAGUCAGACGCUCGGAGAAUUACUGCUCCAAUUUAAGCCCAGUUUGCACAUAACAUGGGCUCAAUACUGCGAUGAUUCGUAA